GGUAUCUGGAGUGUCUCGGUUGAUGGGAGAAACGCACAGAGCCAAGUCCAGUCUCCUAACUGAAACCUCAAGGAGCUGGGGCGGAACCGGAGCUGGGCACCUGAGCUCUGGCCACCAGGGACUCCAGGAUCCGUUUUAAUGGAGGGGCAAGGACCUGAGCUGGGUGGAGGCAGCCCUUCAGAGGGUCCCGCUGGAAGCCAGUUCAGCAGCACCAGGGCGAAGGAAUGAGCAGGGCCAGGUUGGAUGCCACUCUGAUCUCCUAGCCUGGCUCUCUUCCCUUCCACCCCUGGCCAGGGCCUGCUGGCAGGAUGCUGGGGCUCGCUGCGCAGGUGGAAAGCACAGGGUGCUAAGCUUUGCCGGGGAAAAGCGAGCAGCAAGAUGAGAUACCAGGAGGGCUCAAAACAGGCAGGAGACCCUUAGCCAGCCCCAUCUGCAAUCCCAUGGCUUUUCUGGACCAGCGGGCAUCACCCACCCAAGCACAAUCCAGCAAGACACAGACAAGGGUGCCAAAGUUGGUGCAGCUGAGCAGCAGGAUGGCCAAUGUAACCCAGCAGCAUCGGGAAGUGUAAAUGCCCUUGGAGCAUGGACUUGUCCUCUGGGGCUUGGCAGCUGGUGAAGAAGCCAGCCAGAAUGUGAGUCUGUGGGCUGGGAUUGCUCCCUCUUUGCUGGCUAAUUCUCUCUGAUUACUCUAGGGGACCCAAAAUAGGAUGGAUGAUGGACCUGUGAGGGGAGGUGCCGUGGGCGUUGACACCAGUCUCCAUGGAGCCUUCACUCCCUACCCAGUGGGUGUGGAAUUCCUCCAGGCCAGGAAGGCUUCUCCAUACAUCCCAGAGCACCAUGCAUCCCAAUUCCACCCUGGACACCAAGACCAGGGACGUGGCCUCAGAAUCCAUUGGGCUCUUCUUCAUGCUCUUGAUUGACCUGACGGCCAUUGUGGGCAAUGUGGCCGUGAUGACCGUCAUCAUUAAGACACCAGCACUGAGGAAGUUUGUCUUUGUUUUCCACCUCUGUCUGGUGGACCUCUUGGCAGCCUUGACCCUCAUGCCUCUGGCCAUGCUGUCCAGCUCCGCCUUCUUCAACAGCACCAUCUUCGGUGAGGCCAUGUGCCGUGUCUACCUCUUCUUGAGCGUCUGCUUCAUCAGCAUGUGCAUCCUCUCCAUCUCGGCCGUCAACGUGGAGCGCUACUACUAUGUGGUGCACCCCAUGCGCUACGAGGUCAAGAUGACCGUUGGCCUGGUGGUCUGCGUCCUGGUGGGGGUGUGGAUCAAGGCGGUGGUCAUGUCCAUGAUCCCUGUCCUGGGCUGGCUCUCUCCGGAUCGUUUCAGUGCCUCCCCAGCCUACAGUGGCCAGAGCUGCUCGCUGCAGUGGAGCCAGAGCUCCUACUGCAAGUUCUUUGUGGUUUUCUUUGCCAUCUUCUACUUCCUCCUGCCCGUCUUGAUCAUCCUAGUGGUCUACUGUAGCAUGUUCAAGGUGGCCAGGGUGGCUGCCAUGCACCAUGGUCCACUCCCCACCUGGAUGGAUACACCGCGGCAGCGAUCGGAAUCCCUCAGCAGCAGGUCCACCAUGGUGACCAGCUCGGGUGCCCCUCGAAUUACCCCUCAGAGGACGUUUGGGGGUGGGAAGGCUGCUAUCAUUCUCCUAGCAGUCGGAGGGCAGUUCCUCUUCUGUUGGCUGCCCUAUUUCUCCUUCCAUCUCUAUUUGGCGCUGAGCUCUCAGGCUUUCCCGGGCCGGCAGGUGGAGAGUGUGGUCACCUGGAUUGGCUACUUUUGCUUCACUUCCAACCCUUUCUUCUACGGGUGCCUCAACCGGCAGAUCCGUGGGGAGCUCAGCAGGCACCUCAGCUGCUUCUUCAAGCAGCCAGCAGAGGAGGACCUCCGGCUGCCCAGUCGCGAAGGCUCCAUCGAGGAGAACUUCUUGCAGUUCCUGCAGGGGACAGGCUGCAACACAGAGAGCAGGAACGUUGCCUCUCCCAAAAGGGAGCCACCCGGCGUUGAUUUCCGAAUACCUGGGCAGAUUGCAGAGGAGACCUCGGAGUUCCUCGACCAGCACAUCACGGUCUCCGACAGCUACAUCCGGGCUGCGCCCACGCCAAAGCCCGAGCCAUAGCAGACCUUUGCCCUUGACAACCUAGUCUUUCUGAUGUGUGGAAUAAUGCAGAACCCAGCUGUCAACAGGGCAUGAUUUCCUAAUAAACACAACCGUGGCAACUGACAUAUCCUCCCUCCACCUGAGCGCCCACGCUGACAAGCAGCUGGUUCUGGUGGCUGAGUCAUUUUGGCUGGCUAAGAUCAAUAUCGUAGCGUUUCUAUGAUUUGUCCCUUUUCCACUUGAAGCCGAAAUAGCCUCUUGGGUUAAAAAUUCCCUGGAAUUUCCAAUUUGUCCCUUAACCGCCCCCUCUGGUUUGUCUCCCCAUGGCAAAGGGGACUCUAACGCAAGGAGCCCAUGUGACGCAUGAGCGGGGCAGCCGCAGGGCUAAGUCAUCCCCACUGGUUGGCCCCCUCAUGGCAUCUUUGAUCACUGGCGGAGACUUAGGAACAGCUGGUCGUGGGGUCGUGUCUGAUCAGAGCCAGGCUGAACCUGAGCCUUCGCCCAUCACACGGCCCAAGCUAGGGGCACGUGGGAUCCAAGCUGCAUUUAUCCACCCACCUUGUCUGCUUGGGUCUGGCCCUGCCCGUCUCUGUCAACCAAAACGUGGGAAGGGUUUAGGUCUGGUAAGACCUCAGUGGUCAGGCCUUGGGCUUGCCGAACAAGGGAGUGGUUCCAAUCCAGGUACUAUUUAUUUGACCUGCCCCCUCAGUGCAGGGUGAUGGGGCGGGGAGAGGGGUUCUGAUUUUGUCUCAUCUCUGCUCUCGAGGGCCGGAGAGGAGAACGGCAUUCACAUCUCAGCCCAUGAACAAAGAUCUGCUCAGCCAACCAGCCUCAGCCUGCCGGGAUCUCUGGCAAAACUACCCCGGGCAUGGACAGAACUGGGACAGACCGGGCCCCUUGUAGUCAGCGAGCCUUUCCCAGCUGGGCUGGAGAAUGAGAAAUAGCCAGGAAAAGAGGCCUUGCCACCUUUGCCAUGGGAUUAUGCACUAACCUCAGCGAGGGGGUGUCCUGACCCCAGAGCCUGCAGGGGCUCGCUCUAGCUGGGAGCGCCCUCUCCAGGCGGGUCCUGCCUGCUGAGCUGGCGAGCCAGCACACCCAGCCGAGCAGCACCAUCUGAGCUCCGUCAUCACUGCUUCCCGAGGGCUAGGAUGCGAGGACGUUCAUUUAGGACGGUUUCAA